ACCACCCAAAGUCAGAUCAUCUUCUGUCACCAUACAUUUGGCCCCUUUUACCCUUUACUACCCAACCUCGUUCCCUCUGGCAACCACCAUACUGUUGUCUGUGUAUUUCAAUUUUACAUCCCACAUGUGAGCGAAAUUUAAAAUCCCUCCCUUUUCUCCUGCCCUCCAUGUAUAAACAGUGUGAAGGACUGGGGGGUUGGGCAUUUUAGGGUAUACAGAGUUGGAGCGGUUUAGCCAGGUGAAACCUCAGAGGGAUAGAAGCUGAUAAAACCUGGGAGAGCGGGCAGGGGCAGCUGGGGUGAGUGAGAAGCGGGAGCUGGUCGGACCAGGCGGCGGGAGGUGGAGGCAGCGUGGAGCCCCGUCCCGGGACCCGGGGCUCCUCUCGGCCCUGCACCGGCGGCGCAGACCUCCCACCGGGGGGAGAAAAGAGUAGCGAGGAGGACCGAGGGGCUGGAGGGAGCGAGCGGGAGUGGGAGGAGGAAAAUGGGGGAAGAGCGGACAAAGCUAGAGGAGCGGAAGCAGAGGAGGGAAGAGAGGCGGGAGGAGGAAAGGAGAGAAAAAGAAAAAGGCGUUGGAGGAAAACGGGUCCGCCCCGCCCAGCGUCCGCCUCCGCUCCCAAAUUCGGCCUGGCUCUCCCCAGGCCGCCGCCGCCGCCGCCUCCGGUUUCUGGACUGCUCCGAAAGCGCCUAGACUCCAACUCCUCCAGAAGGCGCGUCCUCGCAGCGCCGCUCCGCCUUGCGCGCUCCCGCCCGCGCGCCCCCGCGGCUCCGGCACUCCGGGCAUGCGCGGUGGGCGGCGCCGCUCCGGGCCGCCUCUGCCGCCGAGAGUAGGAAGCGCGAGCGCGGGUCGCCGGGCUGUCAGUGAGCGUGGUGCCAGCCAGCGAGUGUGCGGCUCCGGCUCCUGCUCUCGCUCCGCUCCGGCCCGACUGUCCCGGCUGCCGCCGCCCCUCCUCGCAGCGCUCCCUGCCACCAGCCCGCGCCCCACGCCCGGGGUCGCCCGCUGCCCCGCUGAUCCGCCCCCGCCCACCCGGCCCUCCCCGGCUGCUGCUCCCCGGCGGAGGCAAGAGGUGGUUGGGGGGGACCAUGGCUGACGUUUUCCCGGCCAACGACUCCACGGCGCCUCAGGACGUGGCCAACCGCUUCGCCCGCAAAGGGGCGCUGAGACAGAAGAACGUGCACGAGGUGAAGGACCACAAAUUCAUCGCCCGCUUCUUCAAGCAGCCCACCUUCUGCAGCCACUGCACCGACUUCAUCUGGGGGUUUGGGAAACAAGGCUUCCAGUGCCAAGUUUGCUGUUUUGUGGUUCACAAGAGGUGCCAUGAAUUUGUCACAUUUUCUUGUCCGGGUGCAGACAAGGGACCUGACACUGACGACCCCAGGAGCAAGCACAAGUUUAAAAUCCACACCUAUGGCAGCCCCACCUUCUGUGACCACUGCGGGUCGCUGCUGUACGGACUCAUCCAUCAGGGGAUGAAAUGCGACACCUGCGACAUGAACGUGCACAAGCAGUGCGUCAUAAACGUCCCCAGCCUCUGCGGGAUGGACCACACCGAGAAGAGGGGCCGGAUCUACCUGAGGGCUGAGGUCGCUGACGAAAAGCUCCAUGUCAUAGUGCAAGAUGCAAAAAAUCUAAUCCCCAUGGAUCCAAAUGGACUUUCAGACCCUUAUGUGAAGCUGAAACUUAUUCCUGAUCCCAAGAACGAGAGCAAACAAAAAACCAAAACUAUCCGCUCCACACUAAACCCCCAGUGGAACGAGUCCUUCACGUUCAAAUUAAAACCUUCAGAUAAAGACCGACGACUGUCCAUAGAGAUCUGGGACUGGGAUCGGACAACGAGGAACGACUUCAUGGGAUCCCUCUCCUUCGGCGUCUCAGAGCUCAUGAAGAUGCCGGCCUGCGGGUGGUACAAGCUGCUCAACCAAGAAGAAGGCGAGUACUACAACGUGCCCAUUCCGGAAGGGGACGAUGAAGGAAACAUGGAGCUCAGGCAGAAAUUCGAGAAAGCCAAGCUUGGCCCCGCCAAGAAAGUGAUCAGCCCUUCAGAAGACCGGAGAUUUUCCAACAACCUGGACAGAGUGAAGCUCACUGACUUCAACUUCCUCAUGGUGCUGGGGAAGGGGAGUUUCGGAAAGGUGAUGCUGGCUGACAGGAAGGGAACAGAAGAACUCUACGCCAUCAAAAUCCUGAAGAAGGACGUGGUGAUUCAAGACGACGACGUGGAGUGCACCAUGGUGGAAAAGCGGGUCUUGGCCCUGCUCGACAAGCCCCCCUUCCUGACGCAGCUGCACUCCUGCUUCCAGACAGUGGACCGGCUGUACUUCGUCAUGGAAUACGUCAACGGCGGGGACCUCAUGUACCACAUUCAGCAAGUAGGGAAAUUCAAGGAGCCACAGGCAGUAUUCUACGCAGCAGAGAUUUCCAUUGGACUGUUCUUUCUUCAUAAAAAAGGAAUCAUUUACAGGGACCUGAAGUUAGACAACGUCAUGCUGGACUCCGAAGGGCACAUCAAGAUCGCUGACUUCGGGAUGUGCAAGGAGCACAUGAUGGACGGGGUCACGACCAGAACCUUCUGUGGGACCCCAGAUUACAUCGCCCCAGAGAUCAUCGCCUACCAGCCGUAUGGGAAGUCCGUGGACUGGUGGGCCUACGGCGUCCUGCUGUACGAAAUGCUGGCCGGGCAGCCUCCGUUUGACGGCGAAGAUGAAGAUGAGCUGUUCCAGUCCAUCAUGGAGCACAACGUCUCGUACCCGAAGUCCCUGUCCAAGGAGGCCGUUUCCAUCUGCAAAGGGCUGAUGACCAAGCAUCCAGGCAAGCGGCUGGGCUGUGGGCCUGAGGGAGAGCGGGACGUGCGCGAACAUGCCUUCUUCCGGAGGAUCGACUGGGAGAAACUGGAGAACCGGGAGAUCCAGCCGCCCUUCAAGCCCAAAGUGUGCGGCAAAGGGGCGGAAAACUUUGACAAGUUCUUCACACGCGGGCAACCGGUCCUAACGCCUCCGGAUCAGCUGGUCAUCUCUAACAUAGACCAGUCUGAUUUUGAGGGCUUCUCGUACGUCAACCCCCAGUUUGUGCACCCCAUCUUGCAGAGCGCAGCGUGAAACUCGCCGCCUAGAGCAGAGGCCUCCCCGCCCCGCCCAUCCCCCCAGCAUCGGGAAAUGAUCCUUCACCCUCAAAUUUUAGGGCCACGGCCUUGUUUCUUGUUCCAGAUGGAGGCCUGCAAAUCAUAGGGUUGUCAGUCCAAAUGUGACCCGCUGUUCAAAGUCUCUCUCUCACAACCAACAGCGUUCUCUGAGUGGAAGAUGAUACAAUGUGCAGUGUCCGGUUUCAUUAUGUAGAAGUCACUCUGGCUGUAGGUUAACCCUGCCUCGGCAGCAGUCAGGCUCUUGCCCCCUUUUUGGUACGAUUUGAUAUAUUUCCCACAUCCUCUGUCUGUCGGUUUUCACCAUCAGGACACCCCUCCCCCACCCCCAAAGGCGUGGGCUGGACACCUGCCCGCCCAGGCACCUUGGGAGUGAAGGAACGGGAGUCCCAAGGGCAGAGGGGGAGCCAGGCGGGGUUGGGGGUGGGAGGCUUCCGCACCCCUGCCGCUUCCGUUCUCCGCCUCCUUGGAAACCAUCCCUGGAAUCGAGAGGCCAGGAUGUCAUUUCCAAGCUCACUGUCCCCAGACAUUGCCAGUCGUCACCCAACCACGGCCCGGUGGUCACCGGUUUUAAAAAACAGGAGAAGAAAACCUCAGAUGGGUGUCCAGUGAGUCUGUCCUCUCGUGUCCUGCUCGGUUGAUGCCUGUCUUGAUACUUGCAUUUCUUUGUAAGAGGCCAAAUCUUCUAAGGACUUUGCUACAUGAGCGUGCGAAGUCGUUUCAGAUCAAGGAUACAGCAGUGUGUGUGCGUGCGUCCGUUCUAAUCUCUGGGAGAUUAUCCUGCGAUCCAGGGUGCCAUCGGCAAUGCCAGUGCUCACAGUGUUGUUAGCCAACCCCCAGCCCCCAACACUUUGCUCCCUACUUCCUGAGAAGCUGAAGCGUGCGCCCAGCCCUUUUGUACUUAUUUAUUUAACAGGCUGCAGUGUCGUUCGAGAGGGUACGAUGUACAGUCACUUCAGGCAUUGCCUCUAGGAUCAGUCCCUACCGACGGCUUCUUCUCCCGUCUCUGGCCCCCGAUGUCUCCAUAGGGAUGAAAAUCAACACGGUUUUGGUCCCCACUUCUAGUUCACAUUGAGUGACACACCUGGAGCCGUAGAAUCAGGAAACUUGGAUACAUAUCAGCGCAAAGAUGUUUUAUUGCAAGAAGAAUUUUAAUAUGUUUUGCAAAUGCAUCAUGCAAUGAAUUUUGCAUGUUUAUAAUAAACCUUAAUAACAAGUGAAUCUAUAUUAUUGAUAUAAUCGUAUCAAGCAUAAAGAAAGUGUUAUAAUAAUUUUAUAAGAUACAACUGUGCUAUAUUUGUGAAGGCUCUCGUUUCUAAUCUGCUUCUAUGGUUAAGUCUUGGUCGAACCCUUUGCUGCCCUGCUCCCUACCCCGUGUGUCCCCUGUGCAUCGGCGCCAUGUCCGACAUAUUAAUUUCUUAACAUAGAUCUAAUUUCAGAAAUGAGUGGCUACUUUACAUGAUUAAUUAGGCUUUACAUAUAUAUAUAAAUAUUUGGUUUUACCUGCAAACAAAAAUUUUAGGGGAUUAUUUUUGAGAUGAGACUCUGUCUUAGCUUCUUAAUGCCGUCUUCUGUUCUGGCUGCUCUGCCGCUCCUCCCCGUGGGGACAGAGGGUCUGACUCCAGUGUGACCGGUCCGGGCAUAUGUGGUGUGAGCACAGCCCCCGGCUGGACGCGGUGGUUCUCUCCCUUCCAGCCUCGUCACUGUGAGUGAUCGAGGGCAGCGCCCCGUGGACAGCGCACGCUGUCCCUGGGAGGCUGGCUUGUCUGUUCCCCACGUGCAGACUGUGGGGCAGACCAUAGGGCAGACCGUGGGGCAGACCGUCGGCAGCCCCGGGCACAGCCAUCCCCUGAGGCCCUCUGCAGACUCUCUGCAGAGGCAACCGAGUUUCUCCCACCUGCCCCUGGAACCCGCCCGAGGAGCCCUCCGUGUCAGACACCGCCCACGCCAGGCCCUCGGAGAAGCCAGUCUUCUACGGCAGAAAGAACAUUCCAGACGGAAGCUGCCUCCACUCCUUGCAGAGGCCUGCUCUGUUUCUCUCCGCUCCCCAGAAGCAUCUCCCAGUGAAGUGCUCUGCGAUUGACUUUGGCUGUUUGCCUGGAACUCAUGGAACACCCUCCCACUGAGGGGGCUUUGACCCGACAGGCGUGUCUGUCCUGGGAACCCCUGAGGGAAGGAAGAGGUGGGCAGGGAGUCAGUCAGACCCGAAAAGAGCAGCUCCUCCACUGUCUCUGCUGGGCCGAGGGCUUCAGCAUCCGCGAGGGGCUCUGGGGCACUCAGGGCUGCAGCCCGCCCCCGCGCCAGGCCGGUGCACGUUCCGGGGACACGCCCUCACCAGACACACCUCAGCUGGAUCUGACGGGAAAGGCACCAGUUUGCAGAAAGAGGCUAAGAAACAGAAGUGCCAGUCACCGGGCCCCAGAACAGGGCCACGGCAGGACGGGUCCCCAGCCGAGCCCCCAGAGGGGGAGGAAGGCCCCAGCAAAGCACAUGGCGGAGGGCCGUUUGUCCCGAGCCCCACGCUGCCCGCCUGCUUAAGCCGCAGCAGCUCGGGCUUCCUGGGAAAGAGCCAACACAUUUCCAGAGCAUUCGUGUUUCCCUGGGAAACAUAUCCCACAUCUUAGCUGCCUUGUAUUCUUUCCAAAUGUGUGGCAUAGUUUUCAAAGAAAAUUCCCCGUUUGUGCGCCCAGCACUCUGCCUCAGGGACAGCAGGCUCGAGGACAAGCAGGAAAAACGUGAGCCCAGUGAAGUGUCCCCAUGACAUAGGUUAUUUGGUUCCGGGCUGUGUCCUGGGUUUAUUGCUGAAAGAGUGAGUCUGGUGGUUACCAUUCACACACCUGUCUGCCGCAGCAUGUGUGGAAUUCUAUGGUGUUGGCCCACUCUGAGGGCAUCGUGGGAACAGAAGCACAGGGCAGGACCCUGGUGGAGGCCAGAAUAAGGAGGAGGCCUCGCAGGGUCAGGUGGCUGGGGGACUGCAGGAGCUUCUAGCCUCCGGGCAGUGCCCAUGCCACCAGGGCCUGCGGCCGUCCAGGCCCCCAGCAGGGUCGCGUACAAUCUGCGUCUCCACCGGACUCGUGGCUCUGUGACUCCAAAAGGCCGUCCAAUGUCCCUGCGUUGUUUUCCCUUGGAAGGUGGCCGCUGCCCGGUGGUGGAGCUGCCUUGUGAGCUACAGACCCACGGGUGUCUCCUCUAACACCACUAGGUGUCGGUUUGAACAGAAGGGCCUGGACUGCCUCCCUCAGAGGCUAACGCAGGUUCGCUCAAGGCGAGAACAGACUGAGAAGGUUGAUGGGAGCCCCUAGGCACUGACGCGAUUGCUUGUCAACACAUCUAGUUCUCUUGCGUCCCGUGGCCUGGUGCAAGUCAGUGCAGAAUCACUGUCCGUCUUGUCUUACGAGGCUUUCUUAUUAGGAAUUUGCGUAGAAGAUCAGAGGGUUAGGAGCUCCCUGGGAAUGACUUGAGAUGGUUGGCUGAAAGACUGUGAAAGACCAAGGAUGAAUGCAAGCCGACAGAUGGCUGCUGAGCGCCUCCCUGAGCUACGGUUCUCGGAAGAGCGUGCUGACUUGCUGGUGAACGCGGGUGCAGACCCCUCCUGUCCGUGAGAGGUCUGUGGAGGCGGAGGUGGGUGCGGAGUCGAGAGAGGAGCAGGGUUUGUGUGCGUCUGGAAGGAGGCUCGUGGCAGGAGGAAGCCAGGACAGAGGGGAAGGAGGGGGCAUCCUGGGAAGGAUGCUGUUGCCAUUUCCAGGGGCUUUCCAUGGGAGGCCGUUGGUGCAGAAGAAAGUCACCGCCUGCCGGCCCUGGAGAGGACACUUGUUGCCAGGGACACGGCCUGGUCCUCCUCAGGAAACAUCUCCCAAAUGCCAGCAGCACCCUCACCAGCUGCUGGAAGCCCCUUCCCCCGCCUACAUGGGAGAGGCUGAGCGGAACCACCCACCUGCACUGGGAGUCAGUAGGUCCGCACCCGUUUCCCCUCUGGGGCUUGUUGUAAGCUCUGUGGCAGCCAAGGACAGAUGGGGAAGUCGCAGACACAGCUAACACUGCCGUUCCCACCUGGGUCCACUUAGCAAGAGAAAUUAGAGGUGUUUUGCCGGGAUUUGUUUUCUCUGUACUAAGGAGGGAGGAAAGUGAGAGUCUCAGGUUUUUAAAAGCCUCAGGAAGGCAACACCAUCUGACGCAUUUUCUCACUUGGGUCGUAUGAAGUCGCCUAUUUCUUAUGUGUGCAGUUCACACCAGUUCCUAUUUCUUUAAACCCAGCCAGGGCAGGAGACCCCCCCACUGAGCGCACCCAAUAAUCAUGACCAUGUGCUGGACACUGAGCCAGGGGCCCGUGGGGCUACAGGAGCAGCGAAGGCGUGACAGAUCGGGGGAAGGACAGGGACACUCUGGUUAUCAGUGACCGCAUGCUAGUUUGACAAGGAGCGUUGGGAAGUAUUUUAAUAAAACAUUUCCCUUGACUUGCUUGGGUUACAUUUUAUGAAAUGUAGCAGACAGUGAACAUUUCCGUCACUUCCCCACUCAGGCUGAUGCAGGGAGAGCUGCAUUUCUCGUCCGGUAGAAAUAAGGGGGACUGGGGAAGGUGGCCUGCGUUAUGUGUGGGUGCAGGCUGGCGUCCAGAAACAGUGUCGACCACGGUCCUGCCCAUUCUGCCCUUCGGGAGGCCCCCGAGCCUCUGAGCUGUGUGGCCAAGUGCAGUUAACGACCGUGCGACCCCAUCAGCCCUCAAACAGCCUUACGACGCCCCCACACGAAGGCCCACAGGUUCCAAAGACUUUUUUUUAAAACCUUAAGGAAGAAAUGAAUUUAACUCCAGUAAAACAACGGGGUAUGCUGGGCUCUUUGUACUUUUUUAUAGAGAAUUUUAAUAACUCAAUUCUUUAAAAAUGGGCUUUUAAAAUUACUGACAAUUUGAUAAGAUUCCAACCACACGGACCUUGCAGGAGGCCUCGGCGGCAGCCGGCUACAGCCCCCCAACCUGCACGUGCUCUGCAGGGUCUCGCAUGCCGGUGGGGUACGGAGUCCUCGCCGGGAUGACUGGAGGUUCAGGUGAAACGCCUUGGCAGACCGAUGCCCUCCGUGUUUCCAGUAGACCCUGGGGACAACUGUCUAGGGCCUAGAGACUUUCAGACCGUAGAACGAUGGCUUCAUUGUCCCUCUUCCAGAUGCAGCCCUGGGGUAGCAUUCCCAGGGGUCCCUGGGGCACCACAUCUUGGCACGGGAAGGGGGCGCCCACUCAGGUCUGGCUCCAACCCCCAGAGGUCCCCAGGUGCCUCAGUGAAAAUGCUGGGCUGUCCUGCAAGGGUUCUGCUCACUGGGCAAUCCAGAAACACUUCCACAGCCCGAGAAGCAGGCGGGCAUCCAUUUCAGAGUUCUUUCCCACGUGAGUAGACAGAACCCCACUUUUUCAGAAAAAUAAGUACCAAGUCCACUUUGUAAGAAUCUUUUUUUCUACAACAAGACAAAGGGUGGCUUCGCAUUUUCUGAUUAAACAACUGUGUCUUCGUCGCCUCUGCUGAACUUUAGGAGUAUUUAUUCCUGUGAUUGUAGAUUUUUGUUGAUGUUCUUCCUGAGAGAAUGUGAUUCUUUUCUUGAGGGGAUUCGUGGACUAUUCAAAGUCCUCCAUGAAGGCAGUUUUUCUCUUAAGUCUAAAUGGUCUAGAAAUUCACCUCAUGUCCCUUGUUAGAGUUUUUCAGAAUAACUUUUAUAGAUGGUCAGAAACAUUUGAAAUCAUUGCUUUUGCUACCUAAUAUUGUGUGUGGGGGUGGGGGGAACAUGCCAUGUUUAAGCCGUUCAUCAAAAAACAUCGUGUAAGACCCCACAUGUACAAAGGAGGAAGAGGUGGAGGCGGAGGUUUUUCCUUCCGAAUACGUCCCCAGUGACAAUUGCGGAGGCUGCUCAGCUGCAAAGGACAUCGGGCUUACAGCGGGCAAGGUGAAUGUACAACUUACCGCAUCUCUUUCCUCAACCCGUAUGACCUCUGAUCUCUGUUUGCAUGAUAUGCUUUGUUAGAGACAUUAAUUGUGUAUGAAUAAAUAUGAUGGUCAUUCCUCAGUGCCCUCA